GCGUGAGGGGAGGGGGAGCGCCUCCCCUCAGGCCGAGCCGAGCCAGCGCCGUGCCGUGAGGGGAAAAUGGCCUCUCGCAGAAUCACCCGUGAGACAUUCGAGGCCGUGGUGCAGGAUAAAGUUAAACGGUACCGCGAUGCCGCGGGGGAUUCCUCCAUGCAUCGUUUCAAAGCUCCCCCCAGGCCGCUGCCCCGGCCCCGCUACGACGCCAACUGCCAGCAGGAGGAGUGGAGCGAGGAUCCCAGGGACGAUUAUCCCCUGGAGGAAUAUCCUGGAGAAACCUACCCCGGCCCUUCCUACCGACCCAGCAGCCCUUUAAUCCGCAAGGAGAAUUAUUUCCACGGACAAUUCUCCCGCCCCGCGCCGCGGCAGCGGGAGUUCGGCCGGGAGUACGGGCGCCCCGUGCCCCAAAACAGGGAAUUUGGGCGUGGGGCUGUUCCCAGCAGGGAAUAUGGGCAGCAAACCCGAGAAUAUGGCCAGCAGAACCGGGAAUAUGGCCAGCAGAACCGGGAAUACGGACAGCAGAACCGGGAGUAUGGGCGGGACAGGGAUUAUGGGCAGGAUUAUUGCUGGGAGGGCAGCGGGCAGCACGAGCCAGAGUUUGGCUCUUCAGAUGUUUUAGGGGAUUUUAGGUCGCCUGGGUUGAUGGAGGAAGAGUUUGGCACCGUGGAAAAUCAGGACUAUGAGGAGGAGGAGGAGGAGGAGUUUGGGGGGUCCGACGCCGAGUUCAGGCUGCGCCGGGGUAACGUGGGCAGGGGGAGGGUGAUGAGGGGGAAACAUCUCACCAGAGGGGUGGUGAAACCCAAAGGGUUCAAAGGAGACCUCAAAAGCCCCCUGAAGAAGUGGAAUGUGAAGAAAGCACAGCCAGGGCUGGAGGGCAAAGCUCUGGAGCAGCCUCUGGACGUGGCCGAGCGCCCCUCCGGGCAGAGGCCCCUCCAGCAGCACCCCAAAGUGCCCCCCUCACACCCCCUGGCAGCACAGAGACCCAUCCUGAGGCUGCCAAAACCCGCCCACGUCUUCAGGAACCUCAGCUUCGACCUGGUGGACAAAUCGGACAUUUUCUCCACCUUCGGCAUCGAGAUCAUCAAGUGGGCCGGGUUCCACGCCAUCAAGAACGACGCCGAGUUCUCGCGGCUCUUCGGGGCGCUCUUCGAGCUGGAGACCGAGACCUGUGCCAAGAUGUUGGCCUCCUUCAAGUGCUCCCUGAGGCCAGAGCACAGGGAUUAUUGCUUCUUCACCAUCAAGAGCCUGCAGCACGCCGCCCUGAAAACCCCCAAGGUGGACAACGAGUUUCUGAACAUGCUGCUGGACAAGGGGGCGGUGAAAACUAAGAAUUGCUUCUUUGAGAUCAUCAAACCUUUCGAUAAAUACAUCAUGAGGCUGCAGGAUCGCCUCCUCAAGGGGGUGACGCCCCUGCUGAUGGCCUGCAACGCCUACGAGCUGAGCAUCAAAACCAACGGCUUUGGCAACCCCAGGGAAAUGGCCAACGCCUUCGAGACCACCGUGUCCCUGUGCAGGAAAUCCCUGGCUCUGCUGGGCCAGACUUUUGCUCUGGCCUCUGUUUUCAGGCAGGAGAAAAUCCUGGAGGCCGUGGGGCUGCAGGAGAUGGCGCCGGCGCCGACGGCGUUCCCAAAUUUCGACGAUUCCACGCUGUUCGGGAGGGAGUACAUCGAGAAUCUGAAGGCGUGGCUGGAGAAGAGUGGGUACCCCAUCCAGAUGAAAAAGGCAGAGGCAGAACCCACAGAGCAGCUCAAAGCAGCUUCCCCCGACAGCAAAGCCCCCCAAAGAGCUGACAGGAAAGUUUUGGACACAAUUGAGCAGCUGGUGACCAAGAUGGUGUCAGGAAAUUUAUCUGCCCAGGACAGGAAUGCUCAGAAGAAUUGUCCUGAAUAUUGCCCCAGGUUCCUCCAGGACCAAACCAGCCCCGCCUUCAAAUUCUACCGCAUGAAAGUUUACGAGCUCUGCCCCUCCAUCACCUUCAACCCCGAAAUCACCAAACCCUCGCAGAGAACCCCGGAGCUCUCCGAGGAGGAGGAAGAAGAGGAAGAAGACGACGAAGACGAAGAAGAAGCAGCAGACUUGGAACCCCCCCAAGCUGCAGGGGAGGAGGAUGAGGAUGAUGUGGCAGCAGGUAGAAGGGUGGCUCAGCUGGAGGAAGAUUUGCUCUCCAGGCCAGCAGAGGAGGUGGCAGCAGGUGAAGGGCGACUCUCCAGCCCCUCUGACGGCGCCGCCCCCCAUCUGUCGGCACAGGCUCCCGGCGCGCCCUUCCCCCGCAAGAGGGUCAGCAGCAAAUCCCUCAAGGUGGGCAUGAUCCCGGCCUCCAAAAGGAUCUGCCUCAUUGAGGAGCCCAAAGGUCAGUUUGGGAUAGAAAAACGGAGAAUUUGGGAAAAAAUUCCCA